AUGAAAUGGCCUCGUUGGAGUUGCAACAUUGUUAAAUUAAUGUUCCCAAAAGAGGCGAGUAAAGAUAGUGCUCUGAAGCAACAAAGUGAUGUAUGGAUCAGAUUCAUUCAGAGACAAUAUAUGUUUGAAACUUGGCACUCAAUAUGGAGUGAGAUGAUAUAUGUAUACAUCUCGUAUCAAGAAGGGGAGAUUCAGAAGUCAUCAAUGGAAGCAAUAAUGCUACAUAUAUACUUCUGGAAUACACUUAAGCUUCUGAGCUUCCAAAUCAACACCCUGAAUUGGCUGAGAGUUGAACACAUGUUGAAUGUGUUGGCUAGCAAUUUUCUUCUCAUUUGUUCCAUUCGUAUCAAUGUGGAGGGUAAGAGAGAAAGAGAUUAUGCUCUCUCACCAAUUGGAAAAUACUUUGCAUAUGAUAACAAUGGAGGCUCUUUUGGUCCACUCUCAACAUUAGUGCAUAGCGGAUAUAAUGAUGUUUGUUAUGAUGUAAAAGAUGUAAUUAUAAACCCCAACAACAAUAACCAUUUUCAAAAAGUGCAUGGAUCACCCUGCUUACCAAUAUCCGGAAAAAAGGAUUAG